CCUCCGCAGCCCGCCGUCAGCCCCCGAGCCGGUGACAUCCCAAGAUGCUGCGUUGCUGGUGGGAGUGCCCGAGAACAUUCUCUGUUUCUCCCGCUCCUUUGAGGACCUCACCUGCUUCUGGGAUGAGGAGGAGGCGAUGAGUGGGACACGCCACUUCUACUACUGGGAUGUGCCCACGGCAUGCACAGUUUCCACAUGGCACCACGGGGCCAGUGGGACACGGCACGUCUGCGUCUUCCCCAGCCAGGAUGUGCGGCUCUUCACCCAGCUCCACCUCCGCGUCCUGGAUGCCACCACCAACCAGACCAAGUACUGGCGGGAGCUCAGUGUGGACGCGGUGGGAGACAUCGGGCUGUGCUGCAGCACCCCUGACCUGCGGCAUGUGCGCUGCAAGUGGAGCUGGGACCCCACAGAACCCCGCAGCUCCCACCAGCUCUUCUACCGGGCACCUCCAAGCAGGGCCAGCACAAG